UCCGUGGUUGUCGCUGCACAUCACUAAGCUCGUGCUGUGCGCUGCAUGUUUUUAUUUAUGUAUUUUUAGUUGAUUAUUGUAUUAAAAAAUUAUAUAAGUAAUAUGCUGCGCACUGUUAUAUGUGACUUAGCCCGCCUACGACUGAGUGGCAGCGCAAGUCCGGCCGCCGUUUUGAUUACACAAGUGCGCGAAAAGGGUCAUCUGAGCCGGCCUCGAUUGCGGAAUCCCUACUGGUUUAUACGCCAGCAGCGCACGCGAACAGAUGAUCUUGUCACGGGAGAGAAUCGCACUUUCAUCAAAGAGGUGGUCCACGACACCUACGGUGUACCGGCGCUGAUUAAAGGCACACAAACGUACGAACAGAAGCAACUGAUUAAGACGACCGAAGCACCCACAGAUGCCGAGCCCUGGACGCCGGCCGUGCGUCGAUGCGGCUUAAUCGCCCGCAAGAUUGGCCAAUAUCCGCUCUGGCUGAAGAAUGGCGAACGCGUGCGCACCACUCUGCUGCAAGUGGUUGACAAUCAUGUGAUCAAAUAUAUACCUCCGGAAGAGUAUCGUCCCACGCAGCGACCGAAUGUGCACCAUUUAAAUAAAUACGGUUGCGUCUUAGUUGGAGCGGAGUGCACAAAUCCGGCGCUGUUGACCAAAGAGUAUUGCGGCUUAUUUCGCGAUUCGGGUGUCAUGCCCAAGAAGAAUUUGGCGCGAUUCAUUGUCUCGCCACAGGCGGCUCUGGCUGCGGGCACGCCCCUUAAUGUGGGCCACUUUCGUGUCGGCGAAUUUGUCGAUGUGCGAGGCAAGACUGUGGAUCAUGGCUUUCAGGGUGUGGUUAAACGGCAUGGCUUUAAAGGAAUGCCCGCGUCCCACGGUGUGACGAAGACGCAUCGUCGUGCCGGCAACAUUGGCGGCGGUGGAGAGAAGGGUCGCGUAUGGCCGGGCACUAAGAUGCCCGGUCACAUGGGCAAUCGAUGGCGCAUCAUUAAGGGGCUGCGCAUCUGGCGCAUCAACACUAAAUACAAUGUGAUGUGGGUGCAGGGCAGUGCGGUGCCCGGAUCAACGAAUGGACUCGUCUAUAUCUACGACACAAUUCUGCCAUUGCGCAAGCCAAAGGAUGCGCCACCAUUUCCCACACUCUACGACAAUGCAGAUGCCAAUGAGCCGGAUGACAUCUGGUACGACCAGGUGCACAGUUUCAAAGAGGAAAGCAUUAGCUAUAAACCGGAGUAAUCACAACUUAGCUUAAAGCUCGCUUAACAUUUUUCUUUUUCUACUAUAUAUGUAUGUAUAGAACUUUCAAACUACUUAGAUAAACAAACAAAUGAACAAAAAAAA